AUGUGUAGUAAACUAGUUCUUCUCUUUGUUCUGCUCUUUGCAGUUGAAAAGAUAUCCUCAAAGUUUGAGUUUACCAACAUCAACUGCACAAGUUUGGAUAACAACUUCGAUGCCUUUGAGUAUUGCCAUUUGAAGUCGGUGAAUCGGAGCUACAAAUAUCUGUCAGUUAAAGUUAAUUUGUUUAAAAAGCCAAUCACCAAAAUCAAGACAUUCUCAAAGUUUGAGUUUACCAACAUCAACUGCACAUCUUUGGAUAAGGACUUCGAUGACUUUGAGACUUGCCAUUUGAAGUCGGUGAAUCGAAGCUACAAAUAUGUAUCAAUAAAAGUCAAUUUAUUCAAGACGCCAAUCACUAAAGUCAAGAUCCGUGGAAUUCUUUAUAAGCGAUUUAACGGCUACAAGCCCUUCAUGUUCAAUGUCACCGUGGAUGCCUGCAGAUACUUGAAAAAUCCAAAGUCAAAUUCCGUAGUUCAUUACUUCUUGGAAUUCUUAAGGCCGUACUCUAAUAUGAUUCACUCAUGCCCCUUCGAUCAUGACCUCAUUGUGGAUAAGCUGACUGUAAGCUUUGUGAAUCACCAAAUGACAAAAGUUCUACCUUUCCCGGAAGGCGACUACUUACUCGAAACUCAUUGGAUUGCCUACGACAUCGAUCGAGCAGUGGUGAGAGUAUAUGGAACUCUCUCUUAG